AAAAAUAGUCGGGUCCGUACCUCCCCGUCAAGUUGUGUGACCGACGUUCUGUGCUGUCGACGUGUAACAUUACAACAACUAGUGAGUGCUGUGUUGUGACCGUGUUUUUGGAACGAUUUUUGCUUUUUUUUAAUGUACAUAUUGACUACACGAGUUGUGUUGCCUGUACUCCAACCGGCUGAGUAACCCAAUGCUACGUACGCCCUCUUCUUCAAGUCGUCUCCCCACCCCCACCCCUAUAACUCCUUGCCGACCAAACUAAGUUCAACUUUUCUCUGUCACCAUCGACGCCGAUGAAACCCCCGAGGACCCAUACAGACCUCGCAGCAACAUCGUAGCCGGUAACCAACUGAGCACGGAUACCGGCGACAGGAAAGAGAUGGCCAAUCACGUGCCGUGGAACGCGGUCAUCAACCUGGGCAACAGCAUCAUCGGGGUCAGCGUAUUGGCUAUGCCGUGGUGCUUCAGAGAGUGCGGUGUUGUUCUCGGCAUUGCCUUGUUGUUGUGUGGAGGGCUUUUAACCAAAGCCACGUGCUACCUGCUCCUCCGAGCAUCCAAAGUCAGCAGAAGACACUCGUAUGAGUUCUUAGCACAACAUGCAUUGGGCAGCGGUAAGAUGGCAGUGGAAUUUUCCAUCAUCGGUCUGCUGAUGUGUACCUGCAUAGCCUUCUUUGUUAUCAUCGGGGACUUGGCGCCUUCUAUUGUGGCCAGGUGGCUGGGUCUAGAAAACUCUUGGCACUUAAGGUGUUGUCUGCUGAUCCUAGUCGCCGUUUUCAUCGUGUUGCCUCUCGGAAUGAAACGCAACGUAGAGAGCCUGGGUAGUCUCAGCCUCAUGUCCAUUUGCUUUUAUCUCCUGUUCACUUUAGACAUUCUAUGGGACAGUUUACCCAGUUUACUCUCUCUCAAGUGGAUGGAUACAAUGGAACUAUGGCGGUUACCAGGCGUGCUCAAAGGACUCUCCAUCUUUUCAAUGUCUCUCUGCUGUCAAACGACCCUGUUUGUCGUUUACGAUUCCUUACAAGAGAAAACAGUCAAGCAGAUGGAAGCUGUCGUGUCCAAGUCUGUCAACAUGGUCUCUGGUAUCUACAUCUUGGUUGGAUUCUUUGGCUAUGUAUGUUACUACAAAGACGGUAUAAAGGGCGACAUUCUGCUCAACUUCCAUCCCUCGCUACUAUCAGAGGUCCUACGGAUUGGUUUCACCGUGUCGGUAGCGUUGAGUUUCCCCCUCUGCAUAUUCCCAUGCCGAGCCAGUAUUUAUACACUAUUUUGCCACACAACCCACAGCGUGGAGAAUCCCCAUGGGGGCGGGGACUUUAUACCCCCGGCCAAGUUUAAGCUCAUCACCCUGAUGAUAGUGUCUGCAACUCUUGUGGUGGGCAUCACGAUACCUAACGUUGAGACGAUUCUAGGCUUGACAGGUGCAACCAUGGGGUCACUCAUUGGCUUCAUCCUCCCGGCAAUAAUCUACCUACGCACGACAGGUGUUCCGAACAAGAACAACGCAAAGAUUAUACUAGUGAUUGGGGUGCUGCUAUUGGUGUGCAGUACCUAUGACAAUCUCAGUACCACCACAGCAAAACCCGAAUUGGAUUUAGUCCCCAUUCAACCGGUUGACAAUUUCCCCGACAAAGUUCCCGCGGACCAAGACAAGGUGCCUGUUAAACCUGAUGCUGGUGGUAAUGUAGAUGCUGGUGGAGAUGUCAUCAAAGACCCAGACAAACCAGCGGAUCAGAAGGCAGGAGACCAGGGGGAGGAGGGCAAGAAAAAGGAAGAGCCUGAUGCGGGAGGGAACGAUGCGAAACAAGACGAGAAGAAAGAUGACGAAGACGUGAAUGACAAACGACAGGAGCCGCCAAUACCACACGCCCCAGACUCCAAAGAGGAUAAAAAGCAGAUAGAUGUAAAGAAAGAUGUAGAUGAAGUAGAGGUCAAGAAGGACAUCAAAGAAGAUCCCCAAGACGUGGAAAAGAAGGCCCCAGCUGACGACAAGGAUGAUGGUGAUGAUGUGAAGAAAGAUGCUGAGGACGAGGCAGGCGUAAAGUCGAUGGAGAAGGAUAACGAGAGGAAGCAGAAGGAGUUGGAAGAGAAGGAACAGCAACUGAAAGACAAGGAGGAGAAUUUGGACAAGAUCGUCGUGGACAAAUUCGCUGAGCAGGAGCAGAAACAAGAGGAGCAGAAGAAGAAACUGGAAGAAUUAGAGAUGAGACAACAUGAGCAAGAGAAGAUCAUCGAGGCUCAGGCCGAGGUCAUCGAGGAGCUGAAAGUCCAACACCAGGAUGCCCCCGAGUUGGGAGGGGGCCUGCCAGUGGGAGGUGUCAUCGAUGAACUGAUGGGUGUGCAGAUGGACGGCCCGAUGGGUGGUCAGAUGGGUGGUCAGAUGGAGAACCUGCAGCAACUACCUGGCGGAGGUCAGCUGCAACCAGAUGCCAAUGUGCCGGCUAUUCAAGUGGGCCUGCAACAGCAGCAGCAACUGCAGCCUAUAGUGCAGCAGCAACAGCCCAUAGUGCAGCAGCCUAUAGUGCAGCAGCAGCAGCCUAUAGUGCAGCAGCAGCAGCCUAUAGUGCAGCAGCCUAUAGUGCAGCAGCCUAUAGUGCAGCAGCAGCAGCCUAUAGUGCAACAGCAGCAGCCUAUAGUGCAGCAGCCUAUAGGGCAGCAACAGCAGCCUAUAGUGCAGCAGCAGCAGCCUAUAGUGCAGCAGCAACUGCCUGCAGGCCAACAACAGGUGGCUCCACAGGUCCCAGUCAUGCAGCAGCAGGACAUGCAAGGUUUGCAGCCUGGGUUGCAGCAAGGUGGACAGCCUCUUGUUCAAGUGGGCGGGGCAGGUCAACCCGGCUUAGCACCCCAAGGGAAUUUAGGACCCCCAGGGAAUUUAGCACCUCAAGUUGGCUUAGAUCCUCAAGUUGGCUUAGCACCUCAAGCAGGUGGUUUAGCGCCACAACCUGUUGACACAGGAGACCAGCAUGUAAACAACGAUGGUCACAUUGUUCGACGGGAUGCCCAACUGAAUCCCCAACUGCAUCAGCAGAACCUUGAUUUAGUGCAGCAACAGCAGGUACUACAACAACAGCAAGUCCCGCAGCAACAGCAAGUCCCGCAGCAAUUUCAGCAGCAGCAGCAGCAGCAAAUUCAAUUUCAGCAACAGAUGCCAAACAAUCUGCCUCUUCAACAGCAACAGCUUGACGUACCGAACCAGCAGCUUAAUGUGGCAGGCCAACAACCACUUCAGCCGAAAAUACCCGGCCAAGAGGUUCCACAGCUAAACAUGCAGGGUGCAGUGGCCCAACAGCGACAGCUUUUGCAAGGCGACUCCCAGGUACCUUCACUGCAGGCAGAACAGGACAAAGAUGCAGCAGCGGAUUUGGCACUCGAUACAAAGGCUAAACUUAUCGAGCCAAAAAGCGAUGAGGCCAUCGGGCAACUCCACCAUGAGCAAGUGGAUGGGGAUGAUGACAGAAAUCAAAAGGUGGAAGACAAGAAUGCAGAAGAGAAACCCAUCGUACCAGUUGAUGACCAGUUCGGUGAGAACAAUGGAGAGAAACCCAGAGAAGAACAGCUUCAGCAAAACAGAGAUGAACAGCUGUCCAAGGAGGAGCAGGUGCAGGAGAAGAAAGACGAUCAGGUGGCAUCAAGAGAAACACUUGUGGAGGAGAAAAAAGAAGACGCCAAGGUGUAUACAAGGGAUCAGGUGUUGGAGAAAGAAAAGCAAGAUGCUCCAUCCAUGAAGGAGGCAGAGGAUAAGCCCAAGGACGACGGUGAAGUCAAAGAUGAAGACCUCAAGAAGGAUGAUGCCAAGGAGGAGCAGGAGACUGAUACUGGCAAGAGGCAAGAGGUGGUCGGAAAAAGAGACAGUGGUGAAGACAAAGUGAAAGUAGAAACAGAGGAGGGACUGAACGAGCAUGAAGUCAAAUACAAGACCCGCCAGGAGAUGUCUGUCAAAAGCACCGAGAACAUCCCAGACAAGGACUCCAUUCAGACUGUCUCGGGCUCAAAGACAGAGAAAGAGGGACUGACAAACAAGCAAACCCCUGAGUUGAAGGAGAAUCGGGAGGAGCCUCACGAUGAAAUCAGCAUUGCAGAGACCAAUAAAAACACGGCAGAGGCACACUCUCAUUAUUUAAGAAAACGUUGGGAGCAACAACUUGAAAAGUUGAAGUCGCGUCACAGAAGGCACUGAAAUCAGCCAGACCAAUGAAAAAACAAAUUGUUCAAACUGUAAACAUCUGGAGGGAAAAAAGUCCAUCUUAGAAUGUACUGCCUUUGAGAAAUCACUAGAAAAAAGAUUUUCUUUGAACUUCCAAACAAAGAAGCACAAAGAAACCACAUUUGGACAUGCACUCGGACAACUGUUUCAAAAACAGAGGAGGCAUUAUUCAGGUCUAGGAGGUAUUUUUGAUUUUGUUUUAUCAUGUACUAUGAUUAACUAAGAAUUUUAAGUUACUUUCUUUUCAUUCCUGCUAUUUGGAAACGUUACCCUAACAAUUCUUUGUAUUUCGUGCUGUCUUUCUAGAAAACAAAUACCUCUUUAGCAGCGUGACGACUGAUAUUGGACUCUGUCAUAUGGACAUAGAAAAAUAAUAGUAACAUUUCAGAGUCGGUUUAUAAAGCAGGACGUAGUUUACGAGGUCGUCACGACCUCUUUAUUCCUUUUUGUCUAACACCUCUUUGUCUAACACAACCUUCUCCCCUUUGCAACCUGCCUAAUAGGGCUCACUCAGUGACGGCCAUCUCUGUAGAACUGCAACUGCAUAUUUUACGCAAUCAAGCAUGCAUUGCGCAGUGUUGAAAAUGUUCCAAACACGCGCGUUUGUUGCUCGAAAUGUGUUCCCGAUGCACGUUUU